AUGUGCAACACUGAUCUGCAGUUCAUGGCCCACAGCAUGUUGGGGUCGGUCUUGCAGAUGGAUAGUGUCAGUACUAUGCUCCAAAGGGGGAUGGAUAAGAUUAGGGACAUGAUGGUCUGGUUCUCAAAAAACCUCAAUUGGACCAAAGAUUUCUCUAAGCUAGAAGAAGCUGAUGUUAAGUUACCCUUGAACUGGAGCCUCACUGCAAAGUCUGCCCUGACCGUGGCUGAUCUUACUGCUCAUGAGUGCCAUGAGUCCUGGCAUGAUGUGCAGUUCAAAGGUGCCAAAUGCACCAAGCAGAAUCGUGAUCCAACUUAUUGUCCUUCAGAGUUGGAUGAUGGCUCAUCAGAGUUGGCUACUCCUGCCACUCGUACACGCUCCUGGGCCCAUCGUACAUGUCUCCUCAAGUGCAUGAGCACCUUCCUGCCUCCCCCGCACAAGUCUAUGAAAAUGAAGAAAGCUCAGAAUACUGCUAUAGAUAGCAUCAACUACUACUACAUAGUAGUAGUUGUACUAUACAUCACUGCAUGCAACAAACUGCUGGAAUUUGGAAGUAAUCUCAAGGGAUUAACUUGGGAUAAGUACGGUACAUGCUUUGUGCACAUUUGUCUACUUGGCGUUCCCGGUAGAAAUAAGGCUGCUCUCUCAGACUUGACGGACAAGUCGCACCCCCCUACAAUGCUGCGUCACAGCACUGCUCAAGAAUUCUUCACCACAAUAGUCACAUUUGAAGGAUGUCAUAUAGCAAAGUGUUGUGAUGUGGCGGCCCAACUUCUCUGA